GAGGGCAUCAAGACUUUCCCCUGUAAAAGGAACCCCAAUAUCCUGCAUCCAUAACGUGAGGGAGAAUAGAAAAAAUAACAAAGAAAACAAGAAACCUAGCUUGCAAAAAAGAAGAGUCAGAUUACACAGAGAGAAAAGUAGAAAAUAGUAAAAAAACCAAGGACGAGAGAGAGGGUUUAGAUUGUAUGAAGCUCUAGUUGUUGGAGAAGCAGGAACUUCCCUUGCAGAAAAUGGCCGACACGGCGUGAGUUGACAAACGUUUUGUUAUCCAAAUUAAAUCUGAGCCGUCCGUUAUUUUAACAGGAGAUAUGCUGUUAAAACUUUUACAGCAUGGAAGCCGGAUCCUUUUAGGAUCAAAAUACCGAAAAUCUAGCCACAUGAAAUGCAGCGCGGCCAGCGCCUCAAAGCUCCAAUCCAUGCUGUCCCCAAAACUACGAUCCUCCUUGCGCUCCCAUCUCCCUCCUUCUACCUUCAAAUCUAACUCCUCCUCUUCUUCUUGCUCCUUGCAAUACUCACCAUGGUCAGGUCUCCAGGCCUGGAGAGAGAGCCCUCUCAACGAGAACCGUAUUUGGGGACCCAAUGGCCCAGAACCUCUUGUGCUUCAGUCACCCUCUUCAGUAAUUGACAACGGUGACAGUCCAAUAGAGUCCGCUUCUUCCUUAGCGGAGCUUGGUGCUCUGGUCCUAUCCACCGGUGACCCUCUCACCAAGUCCAGGCUUUCGCAUUUGGCUUACUCUAGGUGGCGCCGUGAGAAACUCCCGCUUGGGGUGGUGUCUGACCCGCCUUCGCGCCCUGCCCGGCCUCCAAAACCCGAAUUGGUUCCCCCAAAGGAAAUUCCUGCUCCAAAAAAUUCAGGUUUGCCUCUCAAUGCUUAUAUGCUUCAUAAUCUUGCGCAUGUGGAGUUAAAUGCAAUCGAUUUGGCAUGGGAUACUGUUGUUCGGUUUUCGCCCUUUAGUGAGAUUCUUGGGGAGGGGUUCUUUGCUGAUUUUGCUCAUGUUGCUGAUGAUGAGAGUCGCCAUUUUGCUUGGUGUUCACAACGACUCUCUGAGCUUGGUUUCAAAUAUGGUGAUAUGCCUGCCCAUAAUCUGCUUUGGAGGGCGUGUGAAAAGUCAUCUGACAAUGUCGGUGCACGUUUGGCAGUGAUCCCACUUGUCCAGUUAUUUUGUCACGAAGCUGUAUGCCCUUCCUCUACCUUCCUCCUCUUCACAUGUCAGGAGGCUAGAGGACUUGAUGCUGGGCCACGACUGGUGCAAAAAUUGGUUGGCUUUGGAGAUCUCCGGACAUCUAACGUUGUAGCUAGAAUUGCUGAUGAGGAAGUUGCACAUGUAGCUGUUGGCGUACAUUGGUUUGUCUCAGUCUGUCAAAAGAUGGGCCGUGCCCCUUGUUCCACUUUUAAAGAUAACUAUGCAGAUUUAUUGAAUGAGUACAAUGUGGAGUUGAAAGGGCCGUUCAAUUAUUCAGCUCGGGACAAAGCCGGCCUUCCCCGUGACUGGUAUGAUGCAGCAUCUUCAAAAGAACAGGAUAAGAAUGACAAAGAGGACAAAACUGAGAAGCUUUCUAUGGUUUAUGAGAGGCUUGCUUCCAUCAUUUCUAUGGAGAGUGAGAACUCAAGCUUGAAUAGGCCUCCUGGAUGAUUUUUGUUCAGCUUGAACACAAGGAGUAGCGAUAGUGUUCAUACUUGGUUUCUCCAUGUGAAUCCACUUGCAACUACACUGGUUGUUACUGACCUGCAUAUGCCCAUGCUGUUUGUGCGUUACUGUGAUCGUGGAACUGGCGUUGGAGUUAGUCAAGGCCCCAUUUCAUGUCAUGGAGUGGUUUACUUCUAAGAUUCCUUGUUAGCUUUUUUAAUUUCUAGUGCUGCUGGUUUUCAUGAUAUUUAUUAGCGCUUAGUUAUGUUUGGACGCAAGAUGAUAGUGUGAUUUUAUGGCCUUUGAUUGUGGUUUUAUUUGAAAUCUUGACAUGUUGAUGCUUCA